CUGCUGAUCAGUGACAGGUGACCAAACACAAAUGACAACGCCUACUUAUUCUCAUUCGUCCCAACUUUCCUUCAUCAGCAUCGGAAUCCCUUUCACUAGCUUACUUAGUCCAGUUUUUGGCGUUUUCUCUCUUUUCCCACCCCCUUUACUUAUUUGACACAUUUCUUUGUGUGUUAGUUUCUAUACAAACCAACAUAAGAUAGCUUAGUCGUAGUCGUGUACAAGAAUGAAAUUUCAAAUGGAAUACUUGGUUCAUGAUUUGGGAGUGAAUAAGGGAAUGAAGAGGUCUCGUUGUUCUUCAGCUAAGGUAGAGAGGAAGAUCAUUGAGAAGAACAGGAGAAAUCAUAUGAAGAAUUUGUACUCCAGGCUCAAUUCUCUUCUCCCCCAUCAUAAUUCUAAGGAGCCAUUGUCAUUACCUGAUCAAAUAGAUGAAGCUGUGAAUUUCAUAAAGAGCCUGGAAACAAGCUUGAAGGAAUCCAGGGAGAAAAAGGACAGUCUAAUGGGAAGAAAGAGAUCGUACAGAUGCACCAAUACUGCAAGCUUGAGAUCCCCAGAAAUUAGGAUUAACGAAAAGGGUUCUGCUAUAGAGGUGGCUUGGAUGACUGGCCAAGACAGUCAGUUCAUGUUUUAUAAGAUGAUUCGCAUACUUCAUGUAGAAGGAGCGGAAGUGCUAAACGUCAGUUUUCGACUGUUGGGAAUACAAUUUUCCAUAUUGUUCAUGCCGAGGUUGAAAAUUUUGGUGCAGCAAAAUUAUAACGAAGAAACUAAACAAGUUUGUGCAUGGAUCCAGCAGCGAACAGGAACUCCAGCAGGAGCUAUGUGACUACGAAAUCGAUCCUGAAACGUUGGAUUUCCCAAUCACGUGAUCCAGGUGCUUGACUUGACGACCUCUUUCCGUGCAUGCAUAAUUAGGCACUGAAAGCACAAGCUUAUAAUUAAGAGUGCAAACUUCAAGACUGUAGCAUUGAAUUAGGAAGAACAGCCUUAAUAAAAUGACUGGUAGUUUUUCCAUCUUUGUAAACAGUGAGCAUACAUAAUUAGUCAGGCAACGGGUUUAAUAAAUGACUGGUAGUUUCAAUUCUACUGUUAGAAAUAUCCUCUUUGGCUCAUAUCUUGGCUGAUGAACUGAUUGGAGUAGCAACAGAUUUUAUGAAUACUUUUAAGACUCCAAUUCCUCUUCCCUUAGGUUGCUAAUUUUUCAUGUAACCUUCUAUUGGUUGUAAUUGUUCACCUCUUUCUCUCUCUCUCUCUCUCUCUCUCUCUUGUUUUAAGCCAUAUGUAUCUAUCUUUAACAUUGUUAGAGUAUGAAGUGAAGAACGGAAAUGUUUUAGUUG